AUGGGCACGGAGGCUUUCGAGGCGCGCAUGCCUCACCACAACGGCAUCAAGGCGCUGUGGGAGACCAAGUGGAAGUUCCCAUGCACCAAAUCUGUCUAUCCCUUCCACGACGGCGCGUAUGAGGAUUUUGAGCCUAUUUUCCAGCAUCUGAUCAACAACAACAUCAACGACGGCACCUCCCCAGAGUACACGACCGCCUUCCUGCCGACCGCAGAGCGGCUCACAGCCGAAGCCGACGCGCUGCUCGCCGCAGGCGACACGGAAAAGGCGAGCGCGGUGUACCUGCGCGCCUGCGCCGUCUACCGCAUCGCCCGCUUCCCCUACAUCACGUCCUACCCGGCUGUCAACGACCCCGCGAAAUGGCGCGCCUGGAAGGCCCAGAAGGAGACCUACCUCCGUGCGGCGCAUACCUGGGCCUGUCCUGUCCAAGAAGUCGAGGUUCCGCAUGUUUAUGCAAGUGGUGGGGAUCGACUCGAGAUUCCUGUUUAUGUCAGGGUCCCGGCAGGCACUGGAAGUGGCAGUGGUGGGGGUCACGGUAAGAAGUGUCCGGUGGUGAUCCUCAUGACGGGGUUGGACGGGUACAGGCCGGAUAAUACCGUCCGGUGUGAGGAGUUUUUGAAGAGAGGCUGGGGCUCGGUCGUGGUUGAGAUCCCCGGCACGGCCGACUGUCCGGCCGACAGCGCCGAUCCCGAGUCCCCCGACCGGCUCUGGAGCAGCCUGCUCGAGUGGAUGUCCCAGGACGGCCGGUUCGACAUGAAGCGUGUCAUGGUCUGGGGCCUGAGCAGCGGCGGCUACUACGCCAUCCGCAUCGCCCACACGCACAAGGACCAGCUCAUCGGGAGUGUCGCGCAGGGCGCCGGGUGCCACUACUUUUACGACCCGGAGUGGUUGGAACAGGCGGAUGGGCACGAGUACCCAUUCCAGUUGACCCCUGCCAUGGCCAUGAAGCAUGGGUUUGCGUCGGUGGAGGAGUACAAGGCCGGAGUGCAAAAGAAGUUCUCGCUUCUCGAGACGGGCAUCAUCCACAAACCGUCUACUCGGCUGCUGCUAAUCAAUGGCACGCUUGACGGCCUCAUGCCGAUUGAGGACUCAAUGAUGCUCUUCGAGUACGGCACCCCGAAGGAGGCACGCUUCUUCACGGGCGCACUGCACAUGGGAUAUCCUAUGGCUAAUGCGUCUGUGUACCCGUGGAUGGAGCAGGUCAUGGCUUCGGUGAAGGACUGA